UAUAUAAACUACUAUAAUUAUAACUGAGCUGUUUAGACAUGUUUUUUUUUUGCGGAUUUAUAUAGCUGGUUUAAUACACUGGUGUAUUGGCAAUCUGUUAAAGCAUUGGCAAAGAUACGUUGACGACAUCGGUAGAAUAACAAAUGUUUCUGAAUGGCAGUUCUGCCCCGAAGCCCAGUACCGUGAAAGUCACCACGUGCAGCUUUCGCUUAGGGAAUUUUGUAGUGUUUUGGUGUAUAGCAGUUGUUCUGUAAAAUCAUUUUAAUUCUGUAACUGACAGUGAACCUCUAUAAUGUGCACUCAUUAUUUGACGUUUUUAUUUACCUCAUAUUGCUUUGAAAUCUGUCCUGUUAGAGUGUUCCCUGUCAAUCGUCUUGUUUAAAUUCAGGAGAGAUGCGAACGCUGCUAUGCUCAGCAAUUAUGAGGUGUAUCAGCUAUUGACUGAGCUGAAAGAGAAGAGGAAAGAGGGUGUUAAAAACAAGCACAGCACUGGGCAACAGAACCUUAAUACUAUAAUGUAUGAGACUCUUAAGUAUCUUACUAAGACACCGUGUGCUCACCAGAGUCCUGAGAUAGUGAAAGACUUCCUUACUGCGAUGCUUCCACACAAACUUACCAAAGCAGAGAAACUGCAACUACUGAACCACAGACCACAGACGGCUGUUGAAAUCCAACUGAUGGUAGAAGAGAGUGAAGAACGGUUGACAGAAGAACAAAUAGAAGAGCUUAUUCAGACUGUCACAAACAUUCUUCCUGGUGAUCCUCAGCAAGAAGGCGGCACCACAGAAGAUGUUGAAAUGGAUGCAAGCACAGAUCAGUGAUUUCUAAAACAAAAUCAAUGGAUUUUCAGAUCAUUAUGAAAAGAUGUUUUGACAACUUUUAUCCAAACGGAUAUUGUAUGCAUUAUGUAUUUUGUGUCUGAGAUUCCAUUAGUUAUGCAGUUUUGCACCGGAUUAAGCAAGUGAGCAGAAAUUCUGUAAACUAUGUGUCUCGAUAAAAAAAUGUAAAUAAACCAUAGUAGCGGAAGCGUAAAA